AUGUCGGCUUUCACGCGCAAUGUCGACCUUCUCGUCGCGUCCGGCCGGACGCUGCUUCAACGAGAACCCGCAACAACACUCGGGCAUUCACAGACGGAAUUCGACGCUGCGGCUUUGGUAUCGCUCGAACAGGCCCAAGUGAUAGAGACUCUGGCCAUUAUCUUUUCGACGCUCAGCACAAUUGCUUCUGUUUGUGGAGUUUACUGGUUCUUGGUCAUGCGGAGGAAUUUUCGGCGUGAUCUCAUUCUUCUGCUCAUUGUUGGAAAUUUGUGGAAAUCGAUUUGGUUCGGAAUUAAUGCCGCUGUGACAUUAGCAUUGGGUCGGCCAGAAGACGCCUCGGUAUUCUGCUCGGGUGCUGGAUACCUGCUGUUCACUGGAAUAGAGGCUUGCGACUGGGCCAUUUUCUUUCAAGCUUUGCAUACUUACCUCCAGGUCUUCCCGCCUCGGAAUAAUUCGCUCUUCGGGUACGACGGCCUUUAUCGUGUUCGUCACUGGGUCCUGGGCGCCUGGUUUAUCCUUCCUAAUAUCUCUGCCUCAUUGGCAUUUAUAAAUGAGAACGACGCCUACGUGUCUCAAGGUGGCUUCUGUACGCUACCCAUCCGACCUUUCUGGUACCGUCUAGCCUUGUCCUGGAUCCCGCGGUACUUGAUCUGGAUAUUCACCCUGGGAGUUGCCAUCCGGAUCUACACGCAUGUUGGACUCGAAUUUCAAAUCUUUGGUGCCGAGCACGAUGAGAGUUCGUCGGGUGGUCUAACUGGACACAGCACGACGACGAAGGCUGGGAUUUCACAGCGCGCGUAUUCCACGACCAUGUUCGAACCUCGGGGUGAAAAGCGAAACUUGGACUGUGAUGAAGGAAUUGGGCCGCACGAUGGCCCUACCAUUGCUCCAGGACAAAUGGCGUACAUCCCAACCGAUUCAAAUCGCACCAGUAGGAGAGGCUCUGCUGUAAACUUCGCAACAGAGGUGAAUGCUCUUCCGGAAUCCACCCGCCUGCCUACAUCUGUGAGCUUCUCCCCCUUCAGUCACAGCAUCCCACCAUCGCGACGGAGCAGUCGACAGGCCUCGACUAGUGUCCUUGCAGAGGAUUUUAUUCCGCCGCCGAUCGAGUUGGAUGAUAGCCAAGAAUCUUGGUCCUCGAAACACUCCUCAAAUUCUUCGGCGGCACUGCCGCCGAUCAACACCAAACUCGGAAACGAUACGCCUCAGAGUCUUCCGAUGUCUGCGCAUCCUCCCGUAGGCGUGCCGGAAAAAUCUGCUAACACGGCAGUCCAGCGGAGGCGGCAGACCAUCCUUCGCCAGCUUCGCCUUCUUUUCAUCUACCCGGUCGUCUACAUGCUUAUGUGGGUCAUGCCCUUCGUCGCGCAUGCAAUGAGCUACAGUGACUACUACGCUCAGCACCCCAUUUACGCCAUCCGGAUCCUGAAUAUCGUCGCGCAAUGCUCCAUGGGCUUCGUGGACAUCGCCGUCUUCUGCUGGCGCGAGAAGCCCUGGCGCCACAUCCCAGGGUCAGACGGCUCCUUCUGGGGCUCUUUCGUAUUUUGGAAGUUUAGCUUCGGCGCACAGUGGCAUGAAGCUCGCUUCCGAAGCCGUCAACUCGCGUCGCACGGUGGCGAGCACGACGAGAAUGGAAUGCCGCAGCAUGAGACGGAGAAGAACCCACGAGUUCGCGAUUAUUUCAGCAGUCCCGGCAGUCGUAAACUAUCCGCGGUCUCGCCGGCGACAGACGUCGGCACUAUCCGCUCGCCUUUGUCACACGGCUUCAGUGGCAUCAGCGAUCGACGCGCCAUGGAGGUCGACCAAGCUCACGCCCGUCUACGCCUCGAGCGGUCGGAUUGGGAGAAGAGAUUACAGGCGACGCGCGACAAAGCAGAAAGUCCGAUCAGUGCGCCUUCUCCUUCAGCACGUAAGGAAUGGUGGGAGAGCCGAUUAAUGAGCAUAGACAGCGAAUGA